GGCGCAGGAGCGGGGCCGCGGGGGGCUGUAGGCGGCGCCAUGGAGCGGCCCGGGGGCGGCGGCGGCUCCGAGGGGGCCUGGGCCGCGCUGCUGGGCCGGCAGCAGCAGCAGCAGCGGCAGGCCCGGGAAUACUGCCCAGGGGUGAAGAACCAGCCCUAUGUGUGUGAGACAGGCCACUGCUGCGGAGAGACUGGAUGCUGCACCUACUACUACGAGCUGUGGUGGUUCUGGCUCCUUUGGACUAUUCUCAUCCUCUUCAGCUGCUGCUGCGCCUACCGGCACCGCCGCGCCAAACUGCGCCUGCAGCAGCAGCAGCGGCAGCGUGAGAUCAACCUCAUCGCCUACCACGGUGCCUGCAACUACCCCACCUCCAUGAUGGAUCUCAGGAUGCUGGCUUCCUUUAAGCUGCCCGCCUACGAGGAGGUGGCUCACCGUCCCAGCACCCCUCCGCCCCCCUACAGCACCAUCCUGGCCCAGCUGGGCGGGCCGCAUAGCCGCCUGGGCUCCAGUCCCCUGACCCUGUCUCCCAGCUCGGAGAACUUCACCAGCUGCUCGUGCGAGUCGAGCUGCCUCACCUCCCCCAGCAGCACGUCGCUGUCGGUGCAGAUCACGGAGGAGACGGAGCGCAGCCAGGCCAGCACGCCCAGCGAGGAGGGCGGCAGCAGCAGCACGGGCACGGGCGCCAGCUGGGAGCUGCCCGAGGAGCCGGCCCCCUGCGAGGCCCCAGCCAAGCAGACCCUCUUCUCCUCCAGCGUGGAUUUCUUCGAGGCUGACUACCACCGCUGCUCAGACAUCGAGGAGGAGGAGGAGUGCGUGGGGGAGGAGGAGGGCGCGGCCCAGGGGGACAGCAGUGAGCACUUCCGGCACCGGCGCCUGACGGGCGAUUCGGGUAUUGAGGUGGGGCGCUGCCAGGAGGAGGAGGGCGGGGAGGACAGUGAGGAGGAGACGCACCUGCUCAGCAAGGUGGGGCCUGAGUCUCCCCAGCUCUCGGAGCGCAAGAGUCUCUGUGGGCUCCAAAGCGAUGGGGGCAGUGAGGAGCCCGGCUCGCCUGCCCUGCCUGUCUGAGCCCUGAGCUGGGUGCUGACCCCGUGGCCAGGGCUGCCCCAGACAGCAGCUCCCCGCUUCCUGUCCUGUGACCCCAGCUCCCCUCCCCGUAACCUCCAUGGUGCUGGAGCAGCCGUUCCCAUCAGCCCCCACCUCUGUGCUCCUGGCCGAGGCGGCUGAGCUGCUGCUCUGGCCCCUGCGUGCUGGCUGUCUCUGUCCCUUGCCCUUACCCUGUUUGGUGGGCUGCCUGGGCAUCCUGCCCUCGGAUGUGGGGUGUGUAGACCUGCGUGGGGCUGAGAGGCUGUUCCUGUUCCUUGGGGCCCCUGGCCGCCUCAUGCCAGGCAGCGAGGUGGAGCUGGGGCCAGGGCAGCUGCCUCUGGGCCCUUCCCUCUCCUGAGCCAUUGUGACUGGGAGUGUUGGGGCUCCAUGCUCACCAGCACCCUGGGUGGGCUUCCCCUCCCUGGCAGGCAGCCCCUGGCUCUGCAGUGUGGGGUCCCACCCGUCCCGCCCCCAGCUCUGCUUGGGCUGUGUGCUGGCUCUGGGACAAUUUGCACCAGCACCACGUGGCUGACUGACCCCUCCCUGGGGUGUGGACUCUGUUGGCAUGGAGCCCCUGGGGAGAGCGUGUUCCCCCAAACUGACUCUCUGUAGACGAUGUGUGUCCCUCACUCUGCGUGCUGCUGUCAUUUGUUGGGUACCAUGUGUAACGCUGCCCUGCCAGGGCACAUGCCCCUGGCCGGGUCCUUCCCCUCCCUGUAGAGUUCCCACUGGGACUGGAUUUCUGUGGACUUGCACGAAUCAGAUUAUUCCUGCCAGCACCCCCUCCCCCUCCCCAAGUGCUGCUCUUGGGGAGCCUGGGGCAGCUAGCAGGCCUUCCCCAGGGCAACCUGGUGCUUGAGGGGUGGGGGCAGGCAACUGACUGGCCUGGCUGGGGGCUGCCUGCCACACUCAGCUCUGCUCCCAGCCUGCGGGUCUGUGCUCUGGGGGACAGUAGUUCUCAUUAUUAAAGAGAUGUGGAAUUACA